AUGUCUGAUGACAUACCACCUCUGAUACCAGAAACUCCACCUCCCAUGACCAAAUUAGACUGGGAAGAUGAUGAGGAUUUUAUGGACUAUCCGCAUUUGGCCUUAGAACUGCCGUCCGAGUCUAGUUUAAGUCCAGAUGGUGGGUGGAAUCCUAUUGACGAAUUAUCACUUCCUUAUGAUGGCGAUGUCGUUCAUGAAACAGCGGUUUGUAUUGAAGCAAACACCAAUGAAAGUUUGUCGAAUCAGCCGUCAAGUAUUGCAAAGAAUGUCCUAUCUAUGGAAUCAUCAUUAUCUGAACAAGAGCCUAGUUUACAUCAAAACAACUUAUCCAUAUGGAAAGAUAAAAAAGAUGUGCCUUGGGAAAAUAUAAAGAAAUUAACGUCCAAUGACAGUUGUGAUAAUGUCAAUGAAAUAGACUGUAAUACAGAGAUCAAACACAAUGAAUCCUCUGAAAAUGUAAUAGAUAAUAAUAGGAAAAUAAUUAAUGAUGACUUGACUUUAACUUCUGAACAAUAUAUUUGUGACUUAGCAAAUGAAAAAAAUAAUAUAAUACCAAAACAUUUACCAAAUUUAGUACUUCAAUUAAAUAACUAUGAAGUAUAUGAAAAUAAUGAGAUUUAUCAAUCUAAAACCAAUGCUAAUAAUGAAAAAUCAACUGGCCAAAAUAUCUUGAUUAAUGGUCAUUUAGAAUGUGUAGAUAUUGAAGAAUCAUCCAAUCAUACCAACUGUGUUCAAAAUGUUUUAUUAGACAAUUUAAAAAAUGAAGUAAGUGAUACUGAUACGCCUAAUGGUAUGUAUGCAAUGUUAGUUGAUAAUUUAUCAAUUAAUAAUAAUAAUAAUAUUAUGAUUAAAAAUGAUCAAGAAGAGUAUACAGAGUUCUGUGAUUUUGAAACUGAUUUGCCUCAUUCUUUAAAUGUGCCUUUACCAAACAGAACAUCACAAGAACAUCACAAAAUUAUUGAAGAUCCUCAAACUGUUGAUCAACAUGAUUUUGAUAAAAUACCUUUAACACAGUUUAAUGACGAACACUGUAAAAUAUUGAAAAAUAUUUCUAUAUUAGUGGAGAAUAAAAUAGAACAAAAUGUAGAAUCAAUUAAUUCUAAUUGUUCAACAUUUCAAUGUAAUGAAAUUAAUGUUGAGCAUAAUUCAGAUUCUGAAUUUGAUGAAUUUUCUGACUUUCAUGUAUUUCCAACUUCAACUACCAAAAAAAAAUCAAUAUGUGAUACAAAUUAUGAUGAUGAUUUCUGUACAUAUGAAACUUGCAGACAAGAUUUUAAUGACACAGUAGAGUUAAAACAUUCCAAUGUUGAACAAGUGAAAUGUGUAAUCAGUAAUGAUUCAAUAUUGAAAUCUGAGAACCAAAAUAGUAUAAUUGACAAUGAUGAUGAUGAUGAUGAUAAUGAAAAUUUCUGUGAUUUUGAAUCUGGUUACACUACAACUGGUCUUCAUACAAGUGAACAAGUUAUAGAUUUAAAACAAAGUUAUGCAAUAUUAGAUUCAGAAUCCCGCGUUCAACUUGAUUAUAAACAAUUUUGUAAGGACGCUUUUCAAGGAGAUUAUGAGUUAUGUGAGGAAGCUGAUUUGCAAAACUUAGAUAAUGAGUUAAAUGAGUCUCAAGUUUGGCAGAGUUUAAAAGAUGUAGACUCAAGUCCAGCCCUCAACUAUAAUUGGACCAAAUCGGAAUCAAAUAAUGUUUUUCUUGCUUCACUCUCGAUUGAUUCUAGGAACAUAUUGUAUGGUGCUUCUUGGAACCCAAAAGUCCCUAGAUUCGCCGCAAAUAUGUCUAACAAUCCAUUGGAACCAUUAAAAGCUUCUAACAAUGACACAACUGAUACAAAAAUAUCGCAAUCUUUUUCCAAUGGUCCAAUGCAGGAUACAGUACCGGACCCUGAAUUCGACUGGAAAAGCAGUGGUUUAAUAAAUCCAUUGGACUGUAAUCAUACGUCGCUACUCGAUCUUGAACUCCUUGAUACACUUGCACCAUGCUGUACAAAUGCUCUUCAGCCUCAAACAUGGAAAACAUCUGAGGUUGUGAAAGAAGAAGACACAGCCUUCCAAAGUAGUCCUGAAAGUAUAGAUGUGUUCGAUGAGUUUUUCAGUGCAUCACUACCGUCAUCAUCAGACAAUCAAUCAAUAGACACCAUUGAAAGUCCAAGUUCUCUCAUAGCAACAGUGAGUCAUGAAGCACAAAGAAUUUUGGAUAAUUUGCCUGAUUUCAAGGUAUUGCAAAAACCUUAUUUAGUAAUAUUAGAAAAAGAAAACAAUUUAUUUCUGAAUUAA